CGCCCGGUACGGACGGAGAAGUUAUUCCGGUGAAGAACCGCGGAAAAGCCGCCCGCAGGCGCACGUGAUAACGAUCGGUGCCGUCGAGACACAGACAAACCCGCCGGAACUCCGGAAGUGCCCUGGAAGGAUAGGGAAUCGAAAGAAAAAAACCCAAAAAAAAAAACGUUAGUGAAAGCAUAACACAAAAGAGUGCGAGGUUCUGGUGUUGAUGGUGGUGAUAAAUGAUGCUGGUGGUGUGAUGAUCGUGCUGCUGGUGCUGGUGUAUAAUUGCAGCAUCAAUUGAGGGAUUGAAAGUGAGCCAGAAACCAGCAAGCGAGCGUGGUGGCGGUGGUAAUUCCGAGCAAUAGAAGUGUGUGCUUCAGAAUAUUCCUUUUGGAAGAGAACCGCGGGCCGGGCCGUAACGGUUGCGUCGCUAUAAAUCUGUGUCCCGAGGAACGACCGAGGGGCGCCAUAUGGUUUACCGGAAGGUGGCGGUAGGAAACACGCCGUAGGAUUUGCAUGAUCUCGCGUGUGUUCGGCUUCGUUGAGCGGAAUUCGGAAUUCUUCGCCAGAAUUGCUUCCUAUCUCUAGAUCAGUAAUCCACUGGAGACCUUUGGAAGGGAUAUGAUGGAUCAAGCGCAUAGGGCCGUGAAUAUGUGUUCCAUCAUUCGGGUGACGUUGGUGCUGGUCGUUGUGCAGGUCGUCCUUGGCACAAAUCGACCGAUCGUGACCGGGAAUCCAGCCGCGGGAUCAUUCCGCAGUGUACCGACGACGGUGAAAACGUACGAGAACGAAACGGUGCUGCUGCCGUGCUAUCACAACGCACCGUAUCGGUAUGUGCGCUGGUCACGGGAUGACCUGCUGCUGGUCGACUCACGCUAUCCGGAUCUGCGUGCCCCGCCAAGAAUGCAGCUCUGGAGCAAUGGCAGCCUGGAGGUGCGUGACGUGCAGAUGGAAGAUACUGGGGAUUAUAUCUGCGAAAUCAUGACCGAUGGUGGCAAAGCGUCCCAGAGUCAUGCCAUCGAGGUGCAGUAUCAAGCAACGGCAACCAUUUAUCCGGAGGAUAGUAUCGACAUACGCGUCGGUCAGAUCCUGGAAGUGGCCUGUGCCGUUACGGGUGUUCCACAGCCGUACGUCACGUGGAGCUAUCAGCAACAGGACAACGCCAGCACCGUUUUCCAAGAUGACCGUAAGCUGAGCGUACUGAUCAAGGAUCGCAAUUUCUCUGGCCCUGUACAAUGUACGGCGACCAAUGCCGUUGGAGAACCGGCCACAGCAUCGGUGGAAGUGAUCGUGAAUUUUGUGCCAGAGAUUGAUGUUAAAAUGACCACCGUCCAUACGCGCGUCGGUGAGACGGCCAUCCUCGAGUGUCUCGUCACGUCGCAUCCGGUUGCUUCGAUCCACUGGUUUCACCACGGGCUGCCGGUUGUGUUCGAUCGACGUAUCGUGAAGCUGGACUCACCCAUCUCCAAACACCAGUACUACACCGUCCAACGGCAUCAGCUGGCGAUCCGGAAUCUGCGUGACUCCGAUCUCGGUCAGUACGAGUGUAAGGCGGGUAACCGGGUUGGUAUCACCGGUACGCAGCUUGAGCUAACCGGACGACCGAUGGUGGCCACCUUUAAACCGGCCGCCGAAAUGUCCUCUCCGACGACACACAAUUUCAUCUGGCAAACCGAAAGCUUCUCGCCGAUCAUCGAGUACAAGCUGAAGUUCCGCCGUGUUCCAUCCGGCAAUGUAACACCCGCCCGGCGAACACUUCCGCAGCUGAUCUGGAAUGAGCUGAUCAUCCCAUCGGACGGUUCGUACGGUCCGUUGCACUCGAUCGGCUACACGCUACAGGGUCUGCAGCCUACGAGCGUGUACGAGGUGCUGGUACUGUCACGCAACCGCUACGGUUGGAGUGAUCCGAGCAACAUCUUGCGGUUCGCGACCGGCGGUGAGCUGGAGAUAGAUUCGGGCGGUGAAGACGACUCCGCCGGUCCAGGUGGUAGUAUGUCUUCCGUGGCGCAAACUACCGAAAGUACGAUCGAAUACAGUGAGGUGGACCCGAACGGAGUAGGCGGUGAUGGGCUGCUGACCGAUAAUAUGAUCCCGAACGAUUACUUCGACCACGGGCUAGCGGCGGCCGCUGCUUCGGCUUCGGCGGCAGCAGCAACGAGCUCAACGUAUGUACGGUGCAUAUCGGUGGAGCUAGUGUUGACCGUGGGACUCCUGUUGGGGACAUUUUGUAGAAUAAAGUAUCUUUAG